AUGGCUUGCGUUAACACAUUCAGCCAAAGGAGCAGCUCAAAGAGCAUUUCUUUCAUUCUGCUAAUUACCUUUCUUGGUAUUCUUGCGUGGAGCCUUCUGAGAAGACACUCGGAGAACAGACAGUAUUUGGAAACAGUUUCUUUACUGCUGGAUGAUCAGGAGGAAUUACAGGUUUGUUCAGCUAUCAUCCAGGGCGAUGUGGACGGUAUUAAGAGGAAAGAUUUCAACAAGCUCUUGGCAUCAAAAGAAAAAAAAAUUCUUCUGUCAGAAUCUUUUUACCUGAAUGCCACCAAAGAUUGUGACACUUACAUCCGAGGCAGAGGGUUCCUGACUGCUCCCCUCAGCAAAGAGGAGAGAGAUUUCCCCAUUGCGUACUCCAUGGUGAUUCAUGAGAAAAUUGAGAUGUUUGAGAGACUCCUGCGUGCCAUUUACACUCCUCAGAAUGUGUAUUGCAUUCAUGUGGAUAAAAAGUCCUCUGAGGCAUUCAUGGCAGCUGUGAGAGCUAUCGCAUCAUGUCUGCCCAAUGUAUUUGUGGCCAGUAAAUUGGAGAGUGUGGUCUAUGCUUCGUGGUCUCGGGUUCAAGCUGACUUAAACUGCAUGGAGGAUCUAAUUAAAUCGCCUGUCCAAUGGAGAUAUCUUCUCAACACCUGUGGAACUGACUUCCCCAUUAAAACCAAUGCAGAGAUUGUGAAUUCCCUGAAACUGCUGAAUGGAAAGAACAGUUUGGAGUCUGACAGCAUAGCUACCUACAAAAAUAUACGCUGGCAAUACCAUCACAACGUCAAAGAUACCGUGAUAAGGACAAAAAUUAAGAAGAGCCCUCCACCGAUCCGCUCACCCAUGUUCAACGGCAAUGCUUACUUUGUGGUCUCGAGGAAGUUUGUGGAGCAUCUGUUUACAAGUCCGGAGGCUCAAGCGUUUAUCGAGUGGGAGAAGGACACGUACAGUCCAGACGAGCACAUGUGGGCCACGCUCCAAAGGAUGCCAUCGGUUCCUGGGUCCAACCCUUUCAACCAAAAAUUCGACACGUCAGACAUGAUGGCUAUCGCCCGUCUGGUGAAGUGGUCCUAUUCAGAAGGAGAGCUGAAACACGGGUCUCCCUAUCCGCCUUGCGCUGGCUCUUACCGCCGAGCCGUGUGUGUCUAUGGGGCAGGGGACCUGAGAUGGAUGCUGCAACAACAACACCUUUUUGCCAAUAAGUUUGACCCAGAAGUGGAUGAAGUUGCGAUAAAAUGUCUGGAAGUAUUUUUAAGACACAAAGCUAUUUACGGUCAGAAUUUGCUGUAG